AUGGACACUGGCGCCUGUAGGCGAGUCCCAGCGCUCAGAUUAGCGGAUUUGCCCAGAGGUGACCGGCAAUCCCAGCAGAUGAUGACGGCCGUGCCAAGAUUUAGUGGCUACCCCCUCUCACAUGUCUACUCGGGGGAGAGCGAUACCGAGCUCAGUGUGGGGCCGUCACCUUUGCCCCCAGAACACUUGGCACUCUCCUUAAAACUCAGUCCCUCGCACAAUCUACCCGAAUACACCGGGAGCGCAGUCACUCCCUGUGCGACGCUCACCGCCCCCUAUCAAUCCUAUUCGGCCUUCAGUGGGCACCGUGUAGGAGCCGGCAGGGACCUCCUCGCCCGGCGGGACUUCUCGGCGGCUUCCAUGCCCGGAGUAGCGGAGCAGCCCUCGGGCGCCAGUCUGGCCCAGGGCGUGUUCAGCUCGGCCGAACGAAGAUACCAUCAGUGUAGCGGCCACGCUGAGAGUGGAGGUCACCCGUUCAUCCCUGGUUUACACGAACAGAGCCUCCGAGGCACCCCGUCCACCAGGGCUGUCAAUGAGCAGAUCCCGCUGGGGUUACCAGGGGACCUCAUCGCCAGGUCACGCCAUUACACCCAAGUGACGGGCGCAAGAGAGGAGCACUUCGUUACCUCGCUGCUUCAGAGCUACAACCCGAUUAACCUGAACCUGAGUUUAUCUGCUCACGGCGGCACCGCUCCGUUCUUUAGAUACUUGAAGCCCAUCAAACGGGAGCUGGUCUGCAGGUGGGUCGGUCGUGAGCAGAUGUCCAAGAGCUGCUGUUCCAGAACAUUCGGCAACAUGCACGAGCUGGUGGCUCACCUGACCGUGGAGCACGUUGCGGGAUCCGAGCAGCUCUCCCACGUCUGCUGCUGGGAAAACUGUGCAAGGGAAGGGAAAGCCUUCAAAGCCAAAUACAAGCUCAUAAACCACGUCAGGGUCCACACCGGGGAGAAACCAUUCCACUGCCCGUACCCCGGCUGUCAAAAGGUGUUCGCCCGCUCAGAGAACCUGAAGAUACAUAAGAGGACCCACACAGGUGAAAAACCUUUCAAGUGUGAGUUCGAGGGCUGCGACAGAAGAUUCGCCAACAGUAGCGAUCGGAAGAAGCACUCCCAUGUCCACACCAGUGACAAGCCGUACAUCUGUAAAGUCAAGGACUGCGAUAAAUCGUACACGCACCCCAGUUCCCUUCGGAAGCACAUGAAAAUGCACUGUAAGCCCGCGCUCCCGCUGAGUUAUGAACGCGAAGCUUUCACUGGACUGUAUUCGGACACAGAGAGUGACUUUUCUUCAGGGGACGUCGUUUCAUCCCAGCUCAGUGCCUCGUCCUGCGCGUUACCCUUCAAUCGUUCCGAGGACAAAUCAGCUCCAGCACCUGCGUUGAGUUCGCUGCCCUCCACUGGACUGGAGAACAAGUUGGAUGUGUCCACGAUGACCAGGGCUGGCGCUCCCAUAUCCACAGCCAGGACCGAAGUCAGAGCUGAUCAGAUAACAACAGUUCGAUCUGAAUCCCCUUUGAGCCAAUUGGCUUCCAGUCCACUGGGAAUUAAACUGGAUCCAUCCACAGGAAUCAAAGCUGGGGCACCUUUUGGCAUGUUUUCUGCGGGCCGGUGUGAGUUCGGGAACCAGCUGCCUUCACCUCACGCGGACCUGAGGACGGAGCCCUUGUCAUUGAUACGAUCGAGUCUCCCUGCUGCCUCGCUGUCUUCUAGCUGGUCGGAAGCUAGAAUGAACUUCAUGUCUCUGAACCGCUCCGACUUCAGAAUGGAUUCUGUCCCUUCCAUUCGACUGCUGCCGUCUCCCCCACAUCGAUCCGAAGGCAGGUUGAAUCCGGUAACCGGGAACCGGGUCGCUGCCACCUUGCGCCCUUUGCUGUCCAACGGGGAAGGCGUCGGACUCCACACGUUGGCCUCCAGGACACAUGCCGCACCCGGCGGGCUCCUGAAUGCCUGGUACACCUGUCAAAGGAGAAACAGCAGCAACUUUCCCAAACCAAGAGCAGGUGACCCUUCUAGUCAUUUCCAGCCGUACGCCUACGCCACUGAAGCGGCCUGGUUGGAGAUUGGAACGCAACCUGCACCCAGCGGGAGAGCUUCUGGGGCGGCCAAGGUCGCGGAUUUAAUUAUAACCACCCGUAGUCUUGCCGAUCCUCCGGACACUGGUCGCAUUCAAGAAAAUAUCAGACUGUUUAGGAUAUGA